AUGGUUGGCAGCAGUGUGCCAGUGGAUUUGAUGCUGUACGCUCGCGCGGCACCAGCGCACCCACCACAGCGCCGCCCGCCGACACCCAAGUUGGAAGAGCGCGGGGCUCGCAUCGGGCUGACGACGGGCAUCUGUCCAUUUGAGGAAGAGAAGGGCGCCCGCGAUCGUCUCCUCCCACGGCCACUGUUCGCCAUCGUCCAAGCUCCGCGGAAUCGCUGCGCCUUGCUCGACCCCUUCCCCGCCUUUAGCGUGUCUACCUCGAGCAGCAUUCAGGACCUGUUCUUUCGCUCUCGAGGAUGGGUGCACGGCGAGCGGGGUCAAUCUCGACGAUGCGAUGAGGGGAGACAGUCGGGGCUAUACGCAGACGAGCCCGCACGGCGCGCAUCUCGGGCGACGGCGAACAGGCGGCCGGCGGCCGUCGGUCCGCUGCACGCAGAGGCCGCAAGAACGGCUGGGCGGCCAUGCGCAGAGGAGGGAGGAGAGCGCGAGAGGCCGCCCAUAGGCAGGCCCUCGGACCUCCUCCUGUGUGUCGUUUCGUAUUCUGGCACCGACACCGGCAUCGCGCCCUCGUCCGCGGCGCCCCGCACCGCACAGCAGGCCCGCGCGGCAGGCGUGACGCGCAACGGCACACGCACGCUGCAAGUGUCGGGUCAGAGGGUGGACGCGUGCGGCGGCGCCGGGGGUCGGACGCGCGCCCGCUCGUUCGUCCAUUCGAGGGGGACAUGUACAAAGAGGAGACAGGACGCCGCGCGCGACGGCGUCUUGACCGCCCUGCGAGCCCUCGCGCUCGGUCGCACGAGGGUCUGCGUGCGGGCGUGUGGUGGUAUGGCCGCGCUGGGUGCUCGGGAGGGCGUCGUGCAGGAUGCGCAGACGAGCGGGGAGCGGGGGUUAGGGUCGGCGGCGGCGGUAGGCAGCAGGGGCGCGGGCAUCGAGCGCCGCUGCUGCGGGGGACGUGCAGCACAGUUAGACGGUCUCUUUGGAAGAGCGGGGGAACGAGGCAUGACGUUGUGCGAUUCGAAGGACGGUGGUUCCUGUGUGGUGGGGGAUGGAAUCAUGCCCGAGAUGAAAGCGCGCGAGAUGAAGUGGGUGGGUGAGCGCACAAAGGGGGGGGCGAAAGCGGACGCGGUGGGACGAAAGCGGACGCGGGGAGACGGUGAUGAAGUGCGACGCGUCUGGUCGCACGUACGGCGGAGGCGAGCGAGCGAGCGAGCGCGGGCCUCGAGGCGGCCGCACGCACUGUACGUCGUCACGGGUGAUGUCGACAGUGGGUCGACGGGAGGCAUGGAACGGGAGUCGGGCCGUGGGUUCAGCGCUUCAGCAGUGGAGCGCGAGCCCCGAGUCGAUUCCUGGACCAGUCCGGUUCUGUUCGGGCGUGAGAUGCGGUGUGUGAGAGAGUCGAGUCCACGGCAGGCUGUGCGAGCAGCCCCAGCCCCAGCCCCAUCAACAUGGACGACGACGGUCAGUCCCCUCCUCCUCCCAUCCCGUCCCUCCAUCAUCUCACGCCCCUCCCCAGACGGCAUGCCCCCGCUCGUCGACCGCCCCCCCGAUCUCCCUUCCUACCCCUACCCCUUCUCGCUCGCCCCAUCCCCGACCGCGAUGUCCUCCAUGACAUGCACCUUCUCCGCAGACUUCACGCCCCUCGCAUACAGCACCGCCCCGCCCUCCUCCUUCUCCGCCACCUCCGCCGCCGCAGCCGCCCGCCCAAGCCUCCGCCCGCGCCCACCCCCGCGCGGCUUCGAGCCCCGAAUAACAGCCAAGACUCGCUCCGCUCCGCGCACGGCCGCACUCGACAGCUGGCGCUGGCAGGCCUCGCCCGCGCCCUCGACGCUCUCCGACGAUGCCGACCACGACCACGACCACGACCCUGACCGCGACCACGAUGCCGACCCUGACCCUGACCUCGACGCCAGCACCGUCGGCGGCGCGUACAUCACCCCCGUCCCCGACUCGUCCCCGCCCCCGCCCACGUACAGCUACACCCCGAUCCCAACCACGCGAGCGAAUGUGGGCGCGUCCGCGUCCGCGAAGAAGCGCGACGCGUCCUACAUCCCGCGCCCCCCGAACGCGUUCAUCCUCUUCCGCUCUUCCUUCAUCCGCAGCGAGCGCGUCCCCGGCCGCGUAGAGGGAAACCACAGCACGCUCUCCAAGAUCGUCGCCCACGUCUGGAAAGCCCUCCCAAAACCCGAGCGCGCCCACUGGGAAGCAGAAGCCGUCCGCGCCCAAGCCGCCCACCGCGCGCGCUACCCACACUGGCGCUUCCGCCCCCCCGCGCACGCCCCCCCGCCCCCGCCCCCUCCAUCUCCCCCUCCGCCUCCUUCAUCUCCGCCGCCACCGCCACCGCCACCGCCCGAUCGCGGGUGGGCGCGCGACGCGCAAGGACAAGGCGGCGGGGGCGGCGGCGGGGGAGCGAAGCGCGCGCAGGCGAAGGGGAAGGCCAAGGGCGCCGCGCGGGCGCGGGCGCGCGCGCUCGAGGACAAGGCCAAGGCCAAGGCGAAGGUCAAGGACGGCGCGCGGCGCACGCGGCGCGUCAUGGCCCCCGUCCUCUACCUGCACGCUGACGCUGACGCCGACGCUGACGCCGACGCCGACGCCGACGCGCACGCCGACCCCGCGCGCGUCUCGCCUGUCGUCGCGCCGCCUGCGUGUGCCGCCGAGCAAGAAGACAAGACCCGGAGCGGAGACGAGCGGGAAGCGCGCGAGGGUACUGCGGAGAUUGGGGCUGGGGCUGGGGCUGGGGCUGGGGCUGGGGCUGGGGCUGGGGCGGAGGCUGGGGCGGAGGCAGAGGCAGAGGCGGAGGCGGAGGCAGAAGCGAAGCGGAGGAAACAGGAGACGGAGCGCAGGUGCGCGCAGAUCGCGCGCCUCGUCGCGCGCGGGGUGCACGGGCGCGCGCUCGAGGCCGCCGUCGGCGCGUGGGACGCCGCGCGAGGCCCUGCGGCGCGCGGCGUGCCCGACGUGCUGAGCGUCAAGGCGCGCUCGGCGUCGCCGUUUGCGCGCACGUCCGCCGCAUCGUCAUCUGCAUCGUCCGCCGACACUCCGAUGAUGGCGACGGCGAUGGCGACGGCGACGGCGAUGGCGACGGCGACGGCGAUGGCGACGGCGACGGCGAUGGCGACGGCGAUGGACCCGCCGACGCGCGACCUCGGCGUCCCGCUCACGGCCAUGUUCCGCCGCGCCGCGUCGGCGCCCGCGCCCGCGCCACUGGCUACGUUCGCGACCCCGCUCGCGGCCUCUCCCGUGCUCGCGUCUCCGUUCGGGUCGGGGUCGGGGUCGGGGUCGGGGGCGAUGGGCCCCGUGUCGCCUGCCAUGUCGAUGGGCCCCGUGUCGCCUGCCAUGUCGAUGUGCCCGACGUCGCCCGCUGCUUCGAUGGGCCCGACGUCGCCUGCUGCUUCGAUGUGCCCGACGUCGCCUGCUACCUCGAUGUGCCCCACCUCGCCUACUGCCUCGAUACGCUCGCCGCGCUCGCCGGCCGUGCCGCCCGCCUCGCCGUUCGGGCUCGGGGAGCUCGAUGGGCUCGAUGGGAGCGGGAGCUGGGCCGGGGCGCCGCUGGCACAGGACGGCUUUGCGCACGCGGGGUGCCUCUCUACCUGGUCGUCGCUCCAGGACUGGGCCGGCGGCGUCGGCGGCGUCGGUGACGUCGGUGCGGGCGUGUAUGGCGGAGGGGGCGGGUGGGGUCUGUACGACGGCGGGGGGACGUGGGGCGUCAAGGGCGCCGGCGGGUACGGCUUUGUUGGGGAUCUGGGCGCGGACGUGGACGUGGAUGUGGAGAUGGGCGUGGACGUGGACGUGGACGUGGGGACGGAGAGCGGUGGGGCGGGGCAUGGCGAGGCGGGGGCGGGGGCGUGCGUGUGUCAUCCGUAUGGCGCGUGCUACUCGGAGGGGCUCGACGUCGGCUUUGGGAUCGGCGGUGGGCUGUUCGGCGGCGGUGGGGUUGGGGUCGGGGCUGGGGUGCCCGUGUACGGCGGCGUCGCGGGCGCAUACGCCUGA